GGGGAUCUAAGUGUUGUGUAGGCACACUGCACCCUCCUUAUAGUGACAAAGGGCGCAGUUGUGACCGAGAAUUAUUCGCACAGGCCUAAUCGGCAGGGUAUAUAUUCGACGCCUAGUGUUCAUCCAAAACAGGCAAAAUUUCGUCCCUACUUUUCACGAUGGGGUGUUGCAGUGGACCGGGCGGGCCAAGUGACGAGGAUGAAAAAAUUAAGAAAGAGGCUAAUAAGAGGAUAGAAAAACAACUACAGAAGGAUAAACAACUGUACAGAGCCACACAUAGGCUCCUGUUAUUAGGUGCCGGAGAAUCAGGGAAAUCGACAAUUGUCAAACAAAUGAGAAUUCUUCACGUGAAUGGCUUUGGACAAGAGGAACGGAAACAGAAGAUCGAAGACAUUAAAAAGAACAUAAGGGAUGCAAUACUGACUGUCACAGGAGCCAUGAGCUCAUUAAAUCCCCCAGUCCUACUGGAGAAACCUGAAAACCAGAGCAGAGUUGAUUACAUGCAGGAGCGUGCCAGUCAAACUGACUUUAAAUAUCCACCGGAAUUCUACGAGCACACAGAGAUUCUCUGGAAGGACAAGGGCGUGCAGGCAUGUUAUGAGAGAUCCAACGAGUACCAGCUUAUCGACUGUGCUCAAUAUUUUUUAGACCGUGUACAUAUAGUAAAGCAAUCUGAUUACACACCAACUGAACAGGAUAUAUUACGAUGUCGAGUUUUAACAUCAGGAAUCUUUGAAACCAAAUUUAUAGUUGAUAAAGUGAAUUUUCAUAUGUUCGAUGUGGGUGGUCAGAGGGAUGAGAGACGAAAGUGGAUCCAGUGUUUUAAUGAUGUGACGGCCAUCAUCUUCGUCACGGCCUGCAGUAGUUAUAAUCUCGUCCUUCGGGAAGACCCCAGCCAAAAUCGACUCAAGGAAUCACUUGCACUUUUCCUAAGUAUUUGGAACAACAGGUGGCUACGGACUAUCUCAGUAAUUCUAUUUUUAAACAAGCAAGAUCUACUAGCAGAGAAGGUCAAGGCAGGGAAAUCGAAAAUAGAGGAGUACUUUCCUGACUAUAGACGCUACCAAAUACCUUCAGAUAUUGUACUAGGGCCAGAUGAUGAUCCAGAGGUGUUCAGGGCGAAGUACUUCAUCAGAGAUGAAUUUUUGAAAAUCAGCACGGCCAGUGGAGACCGUCGCCACUACUGUUACCCUCACUUUACUUGUGCUGUUGACACAGAGAACAUUCGACGGGUCUUCAACGAUUGUCGGGACAUCAUUCAAAGGAUGCACCUGCGUCAAUAUGAACUAUUGUGAUGUUGGGACACUUCCCGGGAACCCAAGGGGUCGGGAUCAUGUGACAAAUGACAAAAGCGUGAUGCAUUAGUUGGCUUAAAAACAUACUGGGUGAACAAGAAGACUUGCAGGAGCAAAUCAUUACACGCAUAUUCAACUGUUGAUGUGCACGCAUGGUGGUGUUAUUGUGGUGGCCAGUCAGCUGGCAGUUUUAUGUAUGUGUGGGCUGACUAUCUGCCUGCCUGACUGUCUGGCUGCCCAUCUGCCUGCGUGCAUGCCUGGCAAAGCAAGUGCUUUGGAGGUGUUUGGUGCAGGAAAUGGACCAAGCAUCUUCUCGACAGAGAUCAGUAGACUGGUAGGGAAGAUCCCUGCACAAUCUACAAGGCAUGGAUAAAUGUCUCUAACACAAGAGGUUAUGUGAGUGUUUGCAAGUGUACAUGUGUAAAUGUUGCAUAGAUGUGCAUGUUGUGUAGCCUAAGUAAAAAUGAGAUUUGAAAGGAUGUGAAGAACAUUUCUGAAUACAGACAAAAGCAAAGAAGUAUGCAUUUCAUUAUUAAGCAGAGGAUUCUUUCCAUGUUGGAUUUCAAAACUAAUGCCCAAAGGAAUGUAUAGUAAUUUUUCUGUGAUGUGCUUUUAUUUUAAUCCCAAUUUGUAUCGCAGCAUUUUCACAGAAUGUGGCAUAGUGUUACAAAUGUGGUAGCCAGAUCAUGUGACUGAUGAAGCUUUUUAUAUCAGUACACCACGUGUGGUUCUCUCGAAGUUGGCACUGUUAUAUUAAUGUAUCAAUACAUCAUUUUGUGUGAAGACUUUCAUUGGAUAUGCACCGUGUAAAGAGUUCUAGGAGAUGUAAGAAUCCUGCUAGUCUGUGGCACGGUGAGGGGUGGAUUUGAUUUGGAAAUAUUCAAUUAUUUUACAAAAGAAAAAAAAACAGACAAAAAAAUGAGUACAUAUUUUUAUGAUCAUGCAUUUGAUAUUAGCCGCCUCGAGUACAUGUUCAGGCUAUUGAUUCCAACAGGUCUUCCGACUCUGGACCAGUGGAGGAUUUUACUUCAAGUUUUUAAAAACAUUUUAUUGAUUAUGAAAGGGAAAUAUUUGUAUUGACAUUUUGCUGAGCUCGUAAAAUGUAACUGUAGGCACAUCCAUGUGUGAACACAGAAAUUGUAACACUACAAACAGUGUUUUCAGAGAAUAAUAUCCAACACAUGGCCUUUAAUUUUACUAUCAGAUGUAAAUUUUGGAAAAGCUUUCGAUGCGCUUCCAUGAAACCUCACCAAACCAGGUUUUUAGAUCUGGACCAGACGUCCUCCCUAAACUUUCACAGUCAUUCACUCUCAGUUAUUGAGAUGUACAUAACGACUGAUCACCCAUUCCAUUAUUCCAACUACAAACAUUAAGAAGAUUCAGAUUUACACCAUGUAGAAAUGAAAUCAGAUUUCCUUUCAACAGAGGUCAGAUUUGAGACAUUUCAGCACCGUCGGUAUAAACGACCGUUGAUUUUGUGGUAUUGUAAAAGUAACACCAAUAUCUACCUGGUAUUGUUCCUCCUGGUUUAGUCCUACAAUGAUACUUCUUUGUAAGCUAAAUAACAUUUUAGAAUAUCAUGUGUCUUCUACAGUACAUCCGUAAACAUUUCAUAUUUUCUUGAUUAAAAUCAAUCUUAAAGAAAAUUUUGCAGGUCAAAUUGCCAUAGUUGAUAUACAGAGGCAUGAGAGAUCAGGCCAAAAGAAUCAAAUUGACUGAAAUUCUAUCUAUUUGGUGCGACCCUGUAAUAGCAGAAUUGAAAAAAUGAAAAUAUCCAUGGAUAGAAAAGUUCAGAUUUUGAAAUUUUGUUGUUCAUUUCAAUAUCCCUAAUAUAUUGAUCCAAAACCGGUAUGGAGGGGCCAAAUUUACUGCAGCUCAUAAAAGAGGGAGUAGAGGUCCACUGACCAGAUAGUGGGCUACUUAACCUUAAAGUGAAUUUUAAUUUCAUUGUCUACUUGGAACUUCAUAAUGAGAAACUUGGGAUGCAUAUAUCUUUCAAAAAAUACAGAUGAUUUUUUUCACUGUCAUUAUUGGAUGUACAUCAUAUUUAAUUAAUUUGAAAUGGAAAGAAGGGAGCCAAAAAUGUUCGUUCAUAAUUUUAAGGACUAUCUCCAGCUUUUUAUUUAAUUUAUUUUUUAAAAAAAGAAGUGUUUUUGAAAAGGAAUUGUUCUUUGGAAAACUUUCGAUUGUUUAGAUAAAUUAUUACUAUCUGAUGGAAUGGCAGAUAGUAACACUGCACUGUUUAGCCAGCAGAAUAACAGUAUUAGUUUUAUGAAUCUGAAUUCACAAAAUUGUUCUCUACAUUAUCAAAUCCAUCGAUAUUAACCAAAAACUAAGACUGUGAAUUGGGGAAAAAAAUAUGACUGAAAAAGUAGGUUAUUUCUAUGACACUGAAACCAUGUUUGUGUCUUAUAUCACGGACACAGAAACCAGGUUUGUGUGUCUUGUAUCACGGACACAGAAACCAUGUAUGUGUCUUGUAUCACGGACGCAGAAAUCAUGUAUGUGUCUUGUAUCAUAGACACAGAAACCAUGUUUGUGUGUCUUGUAUCACGGACACAGAAACCAUGUUUGUGUGUCUUGUAUUACGGACACAGAAACCAUGUUUGUGUGUCUUGUAUAACGGACACAGAAACCAUGUAUGUGUGUCUUGUAUCACUGACACAGAAACCAUGUAUGUGUCUUGUAUUACGGACACAGAAACCAUGUUUGUGUGUCUUGUAUCACGGACACAGAAACCAUGUUUGUGUGUCUUGUAUUACGGACACAGAAACCAUGUUUUUUGUGUCUUGUAUAACGGACACAGAAACCAUGUAUGUGUCUUGUAUUACGGACACAGAAACCAUGUUUGUGUGUCUUGUAUCAAUGACACAGGAACCAUGUAUGUGUGUCUUGUAUCACUGACACAGAAACCAUGUAUGUGUUUUGUAUCACGAACACAGAAACCAUGUUUGUGUGUCUUGUAUUAUGGACACAGAAACCAUGUAUGUGUUUCUUGUAUCACGGACACAGAAACCAUGUAUGUGUGUCUUGUAUCAAUGACACAGGAACCAUGUAUGUGUCUUGUAUCAAUGACACAGAAACCAUGUAUGUGUGUCUUGUAUCACUGACACAGAAACCAUGUAUGUGUUUCUUGUAUCACGGACACAGAAACCAUGUAUGUGUGUCUUGUAUCACUGACACAGAAACCAUGUAUGUGUUUUGUAUCACAGACACAGAAACCAUGUAUGUGUCUUGUAUCACGGACACAGAAACCAUGUAUGUGAUUAGGAAGAUGACGUAGAAGCAGUAGGCUGUUGGUCUUUUAAUACUAUGUUAUCAUUACAGUUAGUCUGCUAUUUUCAUAGCUUAACAGCUUUUUAGCUCAUCUGGUCGUAAUGAUUGGUGAGCUUAUCCUGUGGUGUAGUCUCCAUCCCCCUGCUUGUGUUUUUCUACGAAUUGUCACUAUCAGGAAUGAACUGAGCAGAUUUUUAUCAAAUUGUUCAAAAGCAUCCUUGGGUAAAUGGGACACAACUUUGUAUAAAGGAGCCAUUUCUUUAAAAUUCUUCAGUAGGAAGCAUCCUUUGGCGAAGGGGAAUAAGUUUUGUACAAACAGUGAGAAUAGGCUCCGUGGGACAGAAGGGAUGGGCCCAAUAGGGUAAAUACUGUAAAUUUCUCAUAUCCUUUUUCUUGUAUAGGAAUGAUUGAAUAUUGUUAUCAGAAACAUCCUUGGCAUCCAAAGGGAACCCAGUUUUGUAUAAACAUUGUGGGCAGAGAAGCAGGGCCUAAUAGGAGAAAUGGAUUCAAAUCUUCUAAAUGCUUUUCAUUCUGUUCUCAUCAAGCAUUUUCUGCUAAACCAGUUGACAAAUAGAGGCUCUAUUGACCUCUUUUCAAUCAUUUGUGGUCUUGUAAAUGACUGUAUGAUCAUGUUCGCAGACGUUUUAUUGUAUAAAAAGGAAUCAAUCUCUGGAUAGGCCGUACCAUGUGUUUUCUAUGCAUUAUGUUGAUAGAGGGCCUGUUGAUCAAAAGAUAGCAGACAGUUUACCACUCAUUCGUCAAGUCAAUCACUUUGCUUGCCGUUGGUUCCUACAGAUUGUCACAUGAGAACCUUUUCCAGAUUUUAAAUUAUUAGACUGUCAUUGGAUAAUAGUACAAAAAAGUGGAGAUGGAGUUUACUAGUAAAAGGAGUUGUAAUCCUUAACACAGUUACUUUAGUUGAGCUUCUCUUGGGUUGGAGUCUUCUUAUAAGCACAAACCUAAAAUCACACUAAUAGAGAUACUUUUUGAGACAUCGUCUGUUUUAUGGAAGAGAAGAUUGUAUGUGCUGGCUAGGUGAAAGAUUUUACUUAAUUGAAAAUUUGAAUCGAUUGAUGAUUUUAAGGAAAAUCUGUACGAUCACAUUGUUAACAGCUGAGGAUUUAUUUGCAUAUCAAUAAUUGUUUGUUAUUGACUCUGAUCAUCACUCAUCUUUCUGUUUCUGUAUAAAGAUUAAAUAGGAUUUUACAUAGGUUGUAAAUAUAAACUGGCAUAAUGCUAAUUGGGAAAUCAACAUGUACAAUAUUUAACACCAUCCCCUGACCUCUUUGGCAGGACACACAAUAGUUAGCACCAUUCCUGACCUCCUUAGAUAGGACACACAAUACUUAGCACCAUUCCCUGGCCUCCAUUAUCAGGACAUACAAUAUUUAACACCAUCUCCUGACCUUAGUCAGAACAAACAAUAUUUAACACCAUCUCCUGACCUUAGUCAGAACAAACAAUAUUUAACACCAUCUCCUGACCUUAGUAAGAACAAACAAUAUUUAACACCAUCUCCUGACCUUAGUAAGAACAAACAAUAUUUAACACCAUCUCCUGACCUUAGUCAGAACAAACAAUAUUUAACACCAUCUCCUGACCUUAGUAAGAACAUACAAUAUUUAGCACCAUCUCCUGACCUUAGUCAGAACAAACAAUAUUUAACACCAUCCCCUGACCUUAGUAAGAACAAACAAUAUUUAACACCAUCUCCUGACCUCUUUUUGACAGGACAGACAACUUUCCCCUGACCUCUGUAGCCAAAAUGUACAAUAUCUAGACACAAUUUUAGCCAAGAGGCCAUACACUGCAUCUUUUUUGGAUAAAGUUGAGUGAUACUUUAAAACUUAUCAAUGCCUGAAUGCUACGUUGUCAGGGUAAUGUUUGGCAUUUGUUAUCUGUAUAUACUUGUGAAUUUUUUUACCAAUCAUGUUGAUUUACUUUAAACAUCAGCAAAGAUUCUAUCAAGCUUCACUUGCUUAAUAAUAUCAUGUUAUGGGAAGUUUUCAAAUUGAUUCUAUUUGGAAAAAAAAAUAGUUGAAAUAAAAAAGACUUUUUGGAACAUUUGUAUAUAUUUGAAAAUGACCAUUGUUAAAUCUAGAUAAUUUUGUUCAUAUUUAUUGACGAAGUAACACUGAUACACUUGUGUGAUGGCACUAUGGAGUCCUGACAGGUCAUACUUGAGACAACAAUGUGGACCCAUGGUUGAUCAUACUUGUGAUGACAGUGUGGAGCCAUGAUUGAUCAUACUUAUAAUGACAGUGUGGAGCCAUGAUUGAUCAUACUUGUGAUGACAGUGUGGAGCCAUGAUUGGUCAUACUUGUGAUGACAAUGUGGACUCCAUGCCAAUUACACUUGUGACAACACUAUGGAGUCCUGACUGGGCACUUUAAUGAUAGUACUGUGGGUUUUUUUUUUUUUUUAAUUCUUUUGAAUCAUUCAUGUGAAGGAAUGGUAGAACUUCAAAUUUGGCCUGAAGCAUCCUUGGAUGAAGGGGAAUCAAGUUUUGUGUAAACAGUGGGUCUCAGUCCCAUGGGUAGGGAGAGACAGGGAACAGUUAGGGAAAAAUAGCAAAUUCUUUCAGAUCCUUUAUCAGAAGGAAUGCAAGGAUUCUGUCCCAAUUUUCUAAAAACAAAGGGUCUUGACCCUCUGUGGCGAAAGAGACAGGGCCCAACAGGGGAAAUCAGUCCGUAUAAUUGUUGUUCUGAGUGAAUGCUGUCAUUCUGUCCCAAUUCAAUCUGAAGCAUGCAUGGGUGAAGAUGAAUUAAUUUUGUAUAAACGGCAGGUCUCGGACCCCCUUGGCAGGAGGAGCAUGGCCUUAUAGGAAAAAUAGAGUAAAUCCUUUCAAAUCCAUCUGUAGAAAUUAUAGGAUUUUGCCCAUAUUUGAUUUUAACCAUCCUUAAAUGAAGGGGACUUAUGAAGAAACAGUUUCCUUUUCUGGCAGAGGCAGAAAUGGGGAAAUGAUUAUAUAUCUCUAGAAUCCUUUUUCUUUAGAUUGCCCUAAUGGGCCUUCUUUUUUGUGUAUUCCUUUGUACUGUCUUUUGUUGUGUAGACAUCUAGGAUUAGUAAUACAUCAUGAUAAAUACACAUCUUAUAUUAUGUCAGUCUUUGAAAAUAUAAUAUAAUUAUUUUUCUGUUCAUAUUAACAAACAUUGUAUGCUAAAGAAUAUUAGAUAUUGUCUUGCAUCAAAAAUUAGGUUUCUUUUUGCUGAGGGAUUUUUUUUUCAUGAAACUUUUGAAAUGAACAUAUAGAAAACUUUCCUACCAUGGUAGUGAACAUUCACACAUAUUUCUUGCAUGAUCCAGCAUUGAGAGAGAUAAGUGUUCACUGCUUACUGUUUUCACAGUGUACAGGAGAGCAUACAUGUCCUGAUAAGUUCAGUAUCUGGUGAGUAGGGAUUGUCACCAUGCUGAUGAAGUAAGAAUUCAGAUCAGGUUUUGAUUACUGUGUCUAAGACCAUGGAUUGUCUCGCAGUUGGUUUUAAAGUUGAUACUGAAGUUCAGAAGGGACAACAGAAGUGUGAUUGAGUGAAUGCACAAAGAGAUUUAGAACUAAAUGAUAGUGUAAUGCUAUACAGGAGUGUAUAUAACACUGUUUAGUUUUGCGUGGUGAACAAGGGCAUCUAAUCAUGUCGUAUUGUUGGUAUCUUGGUCAUGUUGAUGUAUAUUAGCAGCAGAGACAUGGGGGUCGUUAAGGACUAUUUGCAGCGUAUACAUCAACACUCAAAACAGGAAACGAUGAUAAAUUUCUCACAAAAUUUUCAAUUAUUAGAUGGAGCUUUUUCAUUACAGUGAUGUAUUGCUGAAAAUUUGUUGUUUAAAAGUGGGUUGAAGCGAGAGGUUGACAGUACAUGAGUGACUGAUGUUUACAUGUGAGGUUGAUGAGAGGUGAAACCAGUAGAUUGACAUAUUGCCUUUUCAUAUCUGGUAGUGUUUUGUACAGCUAAGAGAUGCAACUAUUUAUUGCAAAUUUUACUUCAGAUUUUUUUCCCAAGAAUAGUGGAGAGAGAAAGGAAGUGUGGGUGAUUUUGGGUUAUUUUGUUAUGUUGAUGCUGUUAUUAUUUGCAUGCUUCAGAUGGAUGGCAUUAGACAGCCUACCCAAGGUAUUGAUAUGACCUACAAUGUUUUUCUUUUUUAUUUUAUUUUUAUUUUUUUUUUUUUUUUUUUGACACUUCUCGGACACUGUCGUUGUUUUCACCCUAUUGGACAGACACUGCCAGUGUCCGCACAUGGAAAGGUCAUAACUCCCGAGGUCUAGGUUGAUUUGAAGCUUGUAAGUAAUGUAAAAAUGUACACAAAAAUGAUAGCAUGGUUAAUGAAUUUUUAUAUGUAUAAAUAUAAAUAUAUAUAUAUUAUAAAUAUUAUAUAUCUUUUUUUUAAGCUUAAUGUUGAUUGUGAUGUCAGAAUGAAAUGAACCAUUGUCUUUAAUUGGUCACGUAUGAGCGCUGUAGUAAGCAGACACACUGUACUUGUGCAUCUGCAGUUACUAUAUUGUAUCCAUUUCCACUUGCUACAGUUUGUUGAUCUGUAGUGAACGCCGCACUCUGACAUACAUUGAACUUUGAUUUUAGUUUCUGUUAAUGCUAUUUAAUUACAAGUGAUGAUUCAUUGAAUCUUCAGUACUAAUUAUACCCAAGUAAUAAAACAAACAAGUGUCUCAAUGUAACAAGACGGGGCAUCUACAGUUUCCUCUGGGAACUAGUGGUUUCCUAAGGUCACUCUUUGUGCUCUGUGGCAAUGCCACAUGCCAGCUUGGGGAAUAAAGUACAGUCUUGAGAGUAAGAGAA